AUGCCCGGUCCAUGUUUUACGGCGCCCACACUUAUUCCGGAGGUAGAGAGCUCUCCUUCCACAGAACCACAGGUUGACUUGAAGCUGGCCACAUGCAACGUGACAUCUCACAUCUACACGCAGGAAUACCUUGAGCAGUUCUACCACCUGGAAAAAGAACCUUUGGGGCGCAUGAAGCGGAGCGGGCCUUCCUUCAUCUCCAAGGUGAAAGAUAUGCAGAUAUUCUUUGGGAUCAAUGCAACAGGUGUGCUGGACUCAGAGACCCUGGAGGUGAUGAGGAACCCUCGUUGUGGCGUUCCAGAUGUGGAGGAAUACAGCCACAUGCAAGGGACACGAUGGAACAAGAACGUCAUCACCUACAGCAUUGGCAGGUACACCAGAGAUUUGCCUCGCAGCACCGUCGACUCUCUAAUUGAGUCAGCUUUCAGCGUUUGGGCCAGAGCCAGCGGUCUGACAUUUGUCAGGAUGAACACCCGCAACGCUGACAUCAUGGUGGAGUUUGUGACCAAUGUACAUGGUGACUUGUAUCCAUUCGACGGACCCAGAGGCACAUUGGCUCAUGCUUUCGGUCCAGGAGUGGGUGUUGGAGGGGACACGCACUUUGAUGAUGAUGAGCACUGGACAGCAGGAGAAACAGGUUUUAAUCUGUUUGUCGUAGCUGCACAUGAAUUCGGACAUGCUUUGGGCCUGAAACACUCCAGAAACCCAGAGUCACUAAUGUAUCCGAACUACAAAUCUUCCCGUCCAGCCAACUUAUUAUCCAGAGAAGAUAUAGCAAAUAUCAACGCACUUUACAGUCCAGUCAGAGGUCGUCAAAAUUACUUGUCAAGGUUCGGCUGGAGCUCUCAGUAUAACCCCUGGCUGUCAGGAUCGCUGCGCCCUCGACUCAUGCAGGACAAAUGUGCUCCAGAUGUGACCUUUGAUGCAGUGUCCACUCUUGGAGAUGCCACCUUCUUUUUCAGAGAAAGAUAUCUCUGGAUUAAACAUAAUAAGCAGUAUGACAUCAAAGAAGGUCCCAUCACCAACUUCAUGCCCAAGAUUGAAACCAGCAUCGAUGCAGCCUUCUGGGUACCUCGCAGAUCCACUGCUUACCUUAUUCAUGAAUCCAUGUUCUGGACAGUGAAAGGCUCUCUUGUGAAAGGAAAGCCCAGAGCACUCAGCCACUUUGGAUUUCCAGCUUGGGUGCAGGACGUUGAUGCAGCAGUGCACAUAGUGAAAACAGGACGCACCCUAUUCUUUAUGCAUGACAUUUACUGGAGUUACAAUGAAAACAGAAGGGUUAUGGAUUUUGGUUACCCGAAGUACAUCAGCGAGGACUUUCCUGGACUCAAUACAACAAUAAAUGCAGCUGUUCAUAAAGAGGGUUUCAUCUACUUCUUUGUCGGACCACAAGUCUACAAAUAUGACUACACCCAGAAACAAGUUGUCGGAGUUGACAAAGCGAAUACUUGGCUUGGCAGAGUGCUGAGGAGAAUAGUCAGAUCCACGUCAGCUGUGGAGGAGAAGAUCAGAGAAAUGCAAAAUGUCUUUGGUCUGACAGAGACAGGCUGCCUGGACUCUCACACCCUGGAUGUGACAAAGGAGCCGAGGUGUGGCGUUCCAGAUGUGGGAAACUUCAGCUUUUACCCCCAGAAGCCUAAAUGGAAGAACCACACCAUCACAUACAUGAUCACUCGGUACACUCCAGAUCUGAGCCAGAGUCAGGUGGACUCAACCAUUGCCAAAGCCUUCCAGCUCUACAGUGACGUCAUCCCGCUGGACUUCAAGCAGAUCUACAGUGGCACAGCGGACAUCAUGAUCCUGUUCAAGGGUGGAUAUCACGGGGACUUUUACCCUUUUGAUGGGGCAGGUGGAGUCUUGGCUCAUGCUAACUCUCCUGGACGGGCGCAGGGAGGGGACACACACUUUGAUGAUGAUGAAACCUGGACUCUAACCCGAAGAGGUGUGAAUCUGCUGCUGGUGGCGGCUCAUGAGUUUGGCCACGCUCUGGGUCUAGAUCACUCCAGGGACAGACGUGCACUGAUGUACCCCACAUAUCAGUAUGUCAACACAAAUGGAUACAGGCUGCCAGAUGAUGACAGGCGUGGGGUUCAAGCCCUUUAUGGCAGCCGUACACCUCAGCCAACUACAGCACCAAAACCCAAACCACCUCCUGGUCCACCAGAGCCAGAGGACCCAGAAGAAGAUCCAAAUCCAGACCCUCUGCCCAACCCCCGAGAUGAGCAGUGUAGCAGGGAGCUGGUGUUUGAUGCUGCCACAUCCGUCAGAGGAGACCUGUACUUCUUCAAAAACGGAUACUACUGGAGGAAGAGUACAAGCUUCCGCGGAAUCCGUUUAAUUAAAGUGAGCACAAAAUGGUCAGGGAUCAACCAUGUCGAUGCUGCCUUUGAAGUCCCAUACAAGGACGUGGUGUAUCUUUUUGAAGGUCGUCAAUACUGGGGCAUAAGGGCUAAUGCAAAGACAAAAAUAUCUGGAUAUCCAAAGUCUAUCACCACCCUCGGCCUGCCCUCCUCAGUCAGUAAGGUGGAUGCAGCCGUCUACGUGCCAACGACUAGGAAAACACUCAUUUUUGUGAAUAACCAGUAUUGGAGUUAUGAUGAGGCCAGAAACCAAAUGGACUAUGGAUACCCACGAUACAUCACCCAGGAUUUCCCUGGCAUUGGCUCCAAAGUAGAUGCAGCAUUUGAAAAUUUUGGAUAUCUAUAUUUCUCUAAUGGCCCCCGACAGAGUGAGUACUACCUGCCAUACAAGAGAGUGAUGCGUGUCCUGCUCAACUACGGCUGGCUCAACUGUUACUGAAAGCUCACAGACAUGACACCACUACCUAUGUCCAAAAUGUAACUUCAGAUAGCAUGCAUGUUAUUAAUGAGUUGAGUGAAUAACAGUAUUCAAUGCUUUUUGAUGUGGAGAACAGUUCUCAGAGACAGAUAUUGUUUUCAGACUGACCACUGGUUGCUUGUUGAUGUAUAGCAAACACCAGGGUCAAACAGAGGCAAAAGGACAGUGAGUGAUUGUCAUUCGAUCAAUUCUGUAAAUAAUCUUUGACCUGUUUAAAGUUGUUUCCGUCUCUUUUUUAUUUCUCUGUGUGGAGUUUGCAAAGGAAUGUUCUGAUAGUAAAUGUAUUUGCUAAGUGAUGUUUACUCAUUUCAGAAAUGCUAAAUUGCUCAAA